AUGGGCACGCCAGACCCGCCGCCGCGGCCAGGGAAGCCCCCGCUGCCGUGGCGCGCGCGGCUGCUUGUGGGCGCCGCCUCCGCGCUGCACGCCGCCUCGCUCCGCCGCGACGGCACCGUCAACCGCUUCCUGCUCUCCCUGUUCGACCGCACCGCGGCACCCACCCCGACGGCCCCCGUCGGCGGCGUGGCAUCCACGGACCACGCCGUCUCCGACCACCUGCGCGUCCGGCUCUUCGUCCCAGAGAUCCCCGGCGGCGGCGGCAAAGAGCUCCCGGUGGUCCUGUACUUCCACGGAGGCGGCUUCGUCUUCCACUCCGCGGCGUCGGCGCAGUUCGACGACCUCUGCCGCCGCCUGGCGUCGGCCAUCCCAGCCGUCAUCGCCUCCGUGGACUACCGCCUCGCACCCGAGCACCGCUUCCCGGCCCAGUACGACGACGGCGAGGCGGCCCUCCGGUGGGUCCUCGCCGGCGCGGGUGGCGCGCUGCCGUCUCCGUCUCCGUCUGCCCCCGCCGCCGCCGCCUUCGUGGCCGGGGACAGCUCCGGCGGCAACGUCGCCCACCACGUCGCCGCGCGCCUCCCCGACGCCGUCGCGGGCCUGGUCGCUGUGCAGCCCUUCUUCGGCGGCGAGGCGCCGACGGAGUCGGAGCUGCGGCUCCGCAACGCCCCGUUCGGGGCCCCCGAGCGGCUGGCGUGGCUGUGGCGCGCGUUCCUGCCGCCCGGCGCCACGCGGGACCACGAGGCCGCCAACGUGCCCGCCGCGAUCAGGCGCGACGCGGGCGCGGACCGGUGGCGGGCGUUCCCGCCCACGCUGGUGUGCGUCGGCGGGUGGGACGUGCACCAGGACAGGCAGAGGGCGUACGCGGACGCGCUCCGCGCCGCGGGCGCCGAGGAGGUCACCGUGGCGGAGUACCCGGACGCCAUCCACGCGUUCUACAUUUUGGACGACCUCGCGGACAGCAAGAAGUUUGUGGGCGACGUCGCGGAGUUCGUGAACCGGCACGCACGGCAGCUGAAGAAACGCGCGCUAGACCAUGCGAAAGAGUAG